CCCGGCGGCCGCACUCGGGUGCGGCGGCGGCGUGGGGCGUGCGCAGCGCCGAGCUGGCGCGCGCUCUUGGGGAACGCGCAGUGCGCUUGGCUCGUGUUGCCGGGGCUGCCUUCUCACUGGGCCUACUUCGCUGUCCUGCACUGCCACGACGGGAAGCAAUCUGCCCGCUUCGGCGCGCGCCACAUGCUCUAGGCGCUGGGCCCUGGACCAGAUGAGCCGGAGGGCGUGCGCGGGGCGCUGCGCUGCGCCUUCCGGAGCGCUGGUUCGCGCUCUGGCCCCUAGGCGAGCCCAGGCGUCUCCACCGGCGUGGUGUUGCUAAUCUCCUCGCGCUUCCUGUACCUGGCGCCAUAGGCAUUCCGCACCGAGGAUCACAGGCCCCGGAAACAAGAGCUUAUCCAAGACGCGGGUGGAAGCGUCCGCUGCCGUUCCAUGGCCAUGUCGCGGGCGCUGGGUGACUCUGCCUUCAAGGGGGCUUGAGCAAGGCCCCCGAAUUGCAAAUCUUGUUCCCGGAACCAGAGGUGGACGCUCUGAUCCAACCGGAUGGAGGAUGAGUUCAUGUUUCUGGCCUCCAACUGCGUGUUAGACACAAAGUUUGGAGCCACCGGGGCGGGACUGGUGACUUCGCGCUUCUGCUUGGGCCUGGCCCCAGCUUCUUUAUGGGCAGCUGUUGUACCUGUGUCAAAACAAGGCACUAGGGGUGGAGCGUGGGAAGGGGCGGGGCUUGGUACAGUGCGGGGGGCGAACGUGGGCUUUAAGGAAGAAGGCUUUGAUGGAGAGGCCAACCUAGAAGGCAUGAGUUGUUGUUAGGUGCCAUUCAGUCCAUUUCGACACGUAGCGACCUCAUGUGACAGAAUAGAACUGCCCCCAUAGGGAUUUCUAAGCUGUAAUCUUUACGUGGGCUUAAAACAAAUCCAGGAGUGAAAACAUGACCUAGAGCAUAUUCCAUCUGAAUCUAGAGACCACGUUAAGAAUAAUUUUGAAACACUGAACACUAAUGAACAAAGACCAGACAAUUUGUAUGAUGACAUCAAGGAGACAUACAAGAAGAAAACAAAAGGUCAUUAAAAAGACAGGAAAGAAAAAAAGACCAAAAUGGAUGUCAAGAGAGACCCUGAAACUUGCUCUUGAAUUUAGAGUAGCUAAAUUUAAAGUGAAUGGAAGAAAUGGAUGAAGUAAAAGACCUUGACAGAAGAUUCAAAGAGCAGCUCGAGAAGACAAAGUAUUAUAAUCAAAUAUGCAAAGACCUAAAGUUAGAAAACCAAAAGGGAAGAACAUGCUUGGCAUUUCUCAAGCGGAAAAAACCAAGUUGCAAUAUUGAAGGAUUCUAUGGGGGAAAAUACUGUAUGACACAGGAAGCAUCAAAAGAAGAUAGAAGGAAUACACAGAGUCACUGUACCAAGAAGAAUUGGUCGAUGUUCAGCCAUUUCAGGAGGUAGCAUAUGAUCAAGAACUGAUGCUACUGAAGGAAGAAAUCUAAGCUGCACUGAAGGCAUUGGCAAAAAAACGAGGCUACAGGAGUUGACAGAAUACCAACUGAGACAUUUCAACAAACAGGUGCAAGGCUGAAAGCUCUCAUUUGUCUAUGCCAAGAAAUUGGAAGUCAGCUACCUGGCCAACCUACUGGAAGAGGACUAUAUCUGGGCCCAUUCCAAAGAAAGGUAAUCCAACAGAAUGCAGAAAUUAUUGAACAAUAUCAUUAAUAUCAUACGCAAGUAAAUUUUGCUGAAGAUAAUUAAAAAAUGGUUCCAGCAGUAUAUAGACAGGAAACUGCCAGAAAUUCAAGCCAGAUUCAGAAAAGGAUGUGGAACGAGGGAUAUAACUGUUGAUGUCAGAUGGAUCUUGGCUGAAAGCAGAGAGUACCAGAAAGAUGUUUACCUGUGUUUUAUUGACUAUGCAAGAGCAUUCGACUGUGUGCAUCAUAACAAAUUAUGGAUAACAUUUCAAAGAAUGCCAAUAUGAGAACAUUUAAUUGUGCUCAUGAGGAACCUGUAUAUAGACCAAGAGGGAGUCAUUGAAACUGAAUAAAGGGAUACUGUGUGGUUUAAAUUCAGAAAAGGUGUGUGUCAGGGUUGUAUCCUUUCACCAUAGUUAUUCAGUCUGCUUGACGAGCAAAUAAAUAAUCCAGGCUGGACUCUAUGAAGAAGAACAUGGCAUCAGGACUGGAGAAAGACUCAUUAACAACCUGUGAUACCCAGAUGACACAACCUUGUUUGCUGAAAGUGAAGAGAACUUGAAGGACUUACUGGUGAAAAAGAGAGACCACAGCCUUCAGUAUAGGUUACACCUCGACAUAAAACAAAAUCUGCACCACUGGACCUAUAAGCAACAUCAUGAUAAACGGAGGAAAUACUGAAGUUGUCAAGGAUUUAAUUUUACUUAGAUUCACAAUCAAUGCCCAUGGAAGCAGCAGUCAAGAAAUCAAAUGACAUAUUGCCUUGGGCAAAUCUGCUGAAAAAAAAAAACCUCUUUAAAGUGUUAAAAAGCAAAGAUGUCAUUUUGAGGACCACAGUAUUUUUAAUGGCCUCAUAUGCAUGUGAAAGCUGGACAGUGACUAAGGGAGACUGAAGAAGAAUUGAUGCCUUUAAAUUAUGAUGUUGUCGAAACUGAAAAUACCAGGGCCUGCCAGAAGAAGGAACAAAUCUGUCUUGGAAGAGUACAGCCAGAACGCCCCCUAAGAAGGGAAGAUGGCAAGACUUGUCUCAUGUACUUUAGACAAGUUAUCAGGAGGGACCCGUCCUAGGAGAAGGAAGGACAUCAUGCUUGGUAAAGUACAGGGUCACCAAAAAAGAGGAAGACCCUCAACAAGAUGAAUUGACACAGCGGCUGCAACAGUGGGGUCAAGCAAAACAAUGACUGAGAGGAUGGCCUGGGACCCAGCAGUAUUUUAUUCUGUUGUACACGGAUUCACUUUGAGUGGGAACUGACCAGACUGCACCUAACAAAAACAAUCUUUACGUGAACAGAUCACCACAUCUUUCUCACAGAGAGCCGAUGGAUGGGUUCAAACCGCCAACCCUUCGGUUAAUAGCCGAAUUUAACCGUUGCACCGUCAGGGCAUGAGUAAAACUAGAGAAAGUGGGGAGUGAAACUUCACUAAAGGGCGUGGCCUACUGGAAUUAUAAAAAAAACAUUGCUGUUGGGUCCUUUAAGACUCAUAGUGACCUUACAGGACAGAGUAGAACUGCCCCAUAGGGUUUCCAAGGAGCAGCUGCUGGAUUUGAACUGCCAACCCUUUAGUUUGCAGCCAAUACCUUAACCACUAGACCACCAGAGAUGCAGAGAGAGUGGUCUUAAGUAUACCGUGAGGGACUCUACACAGAUAGGUUAGUGGGAGGGACUGAAGGGAAGGGCUCAGUCGUUCGCAAAGGGGCGGGCACUAGGUCUUAGGGGCGGAGCCUGAGGCACCGCUUUGUGUCUGAGAACGCAAGAGCAUUAGACAGCAAAGUGGGCAGGGCUUCAGAGGAAGGGCGUGGUUCUCCAGAAGGGGAGAAGAUUAUUACAGGGAGCCCUGGUGGCGCUGUGGUUUAAGCGUUUGGCUGUUAACCAAAAGGUCAGCAGUUUGAAUCCACCAGCCAUUCCUUGGAAACCCUGGGGCAGUUCCACUCUGUCCUAUAGGGUCACUAGGAGUCGGAGUCGACUCCAUGGCAGUGGUUUUUUUUUUU